AUGAGCAAUCCUUUCAGUAUCAAUGGCGGUGCCUGCGUGGCCAUGGUGGGCAAGGACUGCGUCGCUAUUGCCUGCGAUCUCCGUCUCGGUAUGCAGUCGUUGACUGUGUCGAACAACUUCCCUAAGAUCUUUAACUACGCCCCCUCGACCUUCCUCGGAUUGACCGGCCUAGCCACCGAUGUCAAUACCGUCUCAGAUCUGUUCCGCUACAAGGUCAACAUGUACCGACUUCGGGAGGAACGCAACAUUGCACCACAGACAUUCGCCAACCUAGUCAGUUCAUCGUUGUAUGAGAGACGGUUCGGUCCUUUCUUCGUCAGUCCUGUGGUGGCCGGAAUCAACGAGACAACAAAUCAGCCGUUUAUCUGCGGGUUCGACAGUAUCGGCUGUAUCGAUUUCGCCAAGGACUUUAUUGUCAGUGGGACGGCCAGUGAUCAGCUGUUCGGUACCUGUGAAGGUCUAUGGGAGCCAGGAUUGAGCCCCGAUGACCUGUUCGAAACGAUUUCCCAAGCCCUUCUCAGUGCUGUUGACAGAGACGCCCUUUCGGGUUGGGGUGCUCAGGUGUACAUCAUAGAGAAGGACAAGGUGACCAAGCGACUCCUCAAGGGACGACAGGACUAG